AUGAGCUUUCUAGAAUACUUAUCAACAAUAAAAAGACAUCUUCUAUCCCAGAAGCUCCCGGGGACCUAUAGAUCCGAAUCCAAUAGGAACUUCCAGGCAAUAUUCUUUACCUUAGGCCUUCUAAACCUGAUCUUCGGGGUGAUGGCAACACUUGUUUAUGCCAGCCUACUGGAGGAAAUCAUUCCAUACACAGACAGUACAAGUAUCGAUGUCUAUCUUCCCAGUGGGAAGAUUUAUCUUUUUUUGGAAAUGAGAGAGUUCUACCAGACCAAUCUGAGAUACAGCAAGAGCAUCAGCCAUCCUCAGCUCCAAGGCAAAAGGCCGAAGAAUCUCCAAGCGGCUAGACCAUUAGCUUACGACGAUGGAAAGGUUAUAUAUCCUGCAGGACUUCUCCCAAACAGCUUCCCUCACGACACAUAUGAGAUUGAUGGAGUAGACGUUGAGACAGAUGGAAUUUCAUGGGAAUCAGAAAGAAGCACAAUGAAGCCACCGUCUUAUACGAGGGAUGAAGUUGUUUCUCCUCCUCUUUGGCCUGUUUAUGAUGAUAUUCCGGACCUAAGCCAAAAUGAGAGGUUUAUCAACUGGAUUUAUAUAUCUCCCUUUCCAAGCUUCAGAAAACUCUGGGGAGUAGCUAAUGUAGAAACAGAAGGAACAUACAAACUGAAUAUCACAUCUAUAUUCCCAUAUGGAAAGAAAAGAGUGUGUCUCUUGCAAUCAUCGGUCAUAGGGCCCAAGAACUAUUUCUUGUCUAUUGGGUUGAUUUUUGUAGGGCUGGGGAUGAUUCUACUCUCUCUCCACGGCCAUUUUUUGUGA